AUGACUUCAUCCCGAUCUCAGAUCCGGUACAUAAACGACGAGGCCAGCCGCAACCCGCCCCUCCUCCUCACUGGUGUCAUCAAACCACAUAACACAUCCAUUGGGCGUGAACCUCGCCUCACGUGGGCUUCCCAGCUCACGGCCACUCGCACCCUCCACCGCACGGCGCUCUCUGGGCUGGGGGGUGUCACCACGCAUUGCUUUGACUUCAAAGGCACGGUUUAUCGUAUGGGUGACUGGGUCUACAUGAACCCAGUCCAGGACGGUCCCCCACCCAAGCGGGGUAAGGAGUGGGUCGCAGUCAUUCUUGACUACUCGGUCACGUGGAUUUGGGACGACAACGGCAAGCUCAACUUGACGCACGGCCAACCUGGAGAAGACAUGCGCGUCAUUGGCGUUGCUUGGGCGUACAGCGUCAAAGACAUACGUAAACUCUUGCGCGGUGGGAUCGAACACCAUCGCCACAUCAUGAUCAACAACGCGAUGGAGGAAAACAGCCUCAAAAACCUCAUCGACACCGACGUCCGCGACAACGUGAGAUACUUCAGCGAUGAGGUGGAGUGGUACCCUCUGUCGCACCUCAUAGGCCUGGCUAACCCUGCCGAAAUUGGGGACGGCACGGUUGGGGACGCGCUCUUUCAGAUCCCGUUUUCCGGCCCCUGGCUCAGCCUCAACAUCUCCCCCGAAGGGGUUUAUGCUGCAGUGCGUGCAAAGGACGGUAGGAACGUGCCCCGCGUCCCCCCCAUGAAGCGGCAGAACGUUCACAUGGUCACCACCAUCAUGCAGCCCAACGUGCUGCCGCCCCUGCGCUUGCACCAGGACGCGGAUUCGGAGUCUGAGGACGAGCCCGAAGACGAGCCACCCCGCAAGCGCCGCCGCCAGGGCCGCGUCACCAUGAGCGCUGACGCCGACGAGGACGCGGACGGCCAGGAGGAGGAGCAGCAGCAGCAGCAGCAGGAGCAGCAGCAAGACAGCGUCGAGGUUUAA